AGCAUUCUCCUUCCGAACGACCGAAUACAGGACGCAGCCUCCAACAUCAAUAUGCUGCUCCUUGACUAUCAAAACGUGCUGAUCGAGUCGCUGCUCAAGGACCGCUUCUCCUCAGACUCCGCUCCCUCCUCGAUCGACCAAGUUGUCUCCGACUUCGACAAUGUCACCUUCCACAUCUCCACGCCGAAUGCAAAGACCCAGAUCCUCAUCUCCAUCGCCGUAAAGUGCUUUCCCGAGCUUGUCACAUACGGAGCUCAGGCAGUGCUGGAGCGCGAAUAUGGCCCGUACAUCGUUCAACCCGAAUCAGGCUAUGACUUCAGCAUCCAAGUCGAUCUUGAGAAUCUCCCACCAACGCAGGAAGAGAAGGACGAUUUGAUCAGGAGGAUCAGCUUGCUCAAGCGCAACGCAAUGGCAGCACCCUUCGAACAAGCAUUUGACGAAUACGCAACAUUGCAAGAGCAGGCGAGUCACUACACCAGCGAGACCGCACCGCAGGGUGUCCGGGAAGGAGGGGAUGUACGGGCGAUCCACUACCGAGAUCAGGAGGCCAUCUACAUCAAAGCAUCCCACGACAGAGUCACUGUGAUCUUCAGCACUGUGUUCUCGGAUGAGACGGACAGGAUCUUCGGCAAAGUGUUUUUGCAAGAGUUUGUAGACGCCCGGAGAAGAGCGAUCCAGAAUGCGCCGCAGGUUCUGUUCCGCGACGAUCCGCCGCUCGAGCUUCAGGGACAGAAAGGCCUGGCGACUGGGAAAGGAGAGGUCGGCUAUGUCACAUUCGUUCUCUUCCCUCGCCAUCUCACGCCACAACGGAGAUACGAGGUUAUCUCCCACAUUCAGACUUUCCGCGAUUACUUCCACUACCACAUCAAGGCGAGCAAGGCAUACAUUCACAGUCGUAUGCGCCGGCGGACAGCAGACUUCCUCCAAGUGCUUCGAAGAGCCAGGCCCGAAACGGAGGAAAAGGAACGCAAGACCGCCAGUGGCCGGACAUUCAGAGUGCAGGGAUAG